AUGCAAGCGGAUCCACAGAUUAAGGCAUACCUUCUCUCCACAUUGGACUUCUUAUAUGCUAUUGCUUCACUUCCAUACAUUUUAGUUGACCUAAGUGAGACUUAUGCAGACCAGAUCGCGGUCACUCUUCAUCACUCGUCCCACUUCGAUGCGCUCCAUAGUCCCAAAACUGAUGCUCCUACAGACUUUCCUUUGCCUUCCUUCGCUUUGGACUCCGCCUCCACACCCGUGGCCCACUGCACAUGGCGUCGGUUCACUUCAACAGCUCGAGCAGUUGAAGGUCUUCGGCAACCCAGCCUCGUCGUGUGGUCUCUUGACGGAGGCACUGAUCUUGGGGAGGCUGCAGCUGUCCAGAACUCGGAACUUCCCUACUGUCUGGUGGAGACGGGCCCGAAAGUUGACACUCCUGAAUGCGUAUCUCUGGACUCGGAUCACUCUUCCUGGCAGCUACAGCUGCUUCCCAUUACUCCAACCCCUUCCAACCAGUCAAAUGAGCAUAAAUCCCGACCCAGACUCGAGUGCAACCUGAAAGCUGCCUUGUCGGCUCUACCCAACAGGGUUUACGCACAAAUGCUCGAAUGGGCCGCACAUAAGUCAGCCACAAAUAAGGCCUCUCUGGUUGGCGGCGAGGGUUACAACUCUCCGGUGCCUCAUUCCAACGCGGAAAAUACCCGAGUGUCAGGUUUCGUUAUCAUCUUUACAGCCGCAAUUCCAGGGCUCAUCACUUUGAAACUCUGUGUGGAAGGAUUAGCUUUGCCAAGUAUCUAG